AUGGAACCAAGCGAGACCCAGAAGCCGAAACGCACUUCCAACGCAUGCUCUGCUUGCCGACAGAGCAAGAUCAAAUGUUCGGGCACGGAUCCUUGUGCCAACUGCCAGCGACGAGGGAUCAAAUGCCAUUUCCCCGAUGCCAACAAGGUCCUGGUCGACGAAAGAAUCCUCCAGAGAUUACUCGACCAGGCCAAGCAGCAGCAGCAGCAGCAGCAGCAGCAGUCAGACAUCACCCCCAAGUCGCAAACGCCUUCCACUACAGGAAAACGAAGCGCUGAUGUGGCCUUUGGGCCGAUGGUGGACAUUGACAAAUCCGAGGCAUACUCUGCAAGCACCGGCAGUCACGAUGAUCAUCUGCCUGUCUAUCCUCAUCCUCAUCAUCUCGAGCGGAGUGUCUGGGCGAAUCCAUUUCCUUCGCCAUCUCGGACAGUCAAUGGUCUCUACAAGGGGAAGACAGGCUGGAUCUGGCUGGCUCCUACAUCCCUCUGGUCCAUGACAACUCGUCUUUCCCUCAUGAUGGCCGAACAUCUCCAUCUUGAGUCCCCAUCCCGAGUCCCCAGCUCGUUGGAUAAGGAAGUCUACCCUCUCACCUGGAGACCAGCCGCAGCAGCAGCCUCUGGGGAAGAGCCACCGGAUAUCAGUAGUUUGCCAUCUCUAGAGGACGCGCUGUACCUGUUCAACACGGUGAAACACCAUCUCGAUCAACACUAUCGAUUCUUCGACGAGGAUGCUUUCACCAUGCAUCUUCACGAGUUUUAUACCGGCCAUUCCCUCCACAAGGCCACCCAGGACCGUCUUUGGUUUGUUCAUUUCCUGCUGGUGCUGGCCUUUGGAACCGCGUUUCUCCGGCGCUCUCGCAACACUCGCGAUCCCCCCGGCUCCAAGUUCUUUGUGCGCGCCAUGUCUCUCUUGCCUGACUAUACAAACCUGUGGACCAAGGGCUUACUGGCUGUCGAAGUCCUGGCUUUGGCUGCCUUGUAUCUCUAUUCUAUUGAUCAUCGCGAGUUGGCCAACAUUUAUGUUGUCCAAGCUAUACGAAUCGCACAACUGGAUGGGUUACAUACAGAACUCCCUGAGGAUGAGUUGGGAGUCAAGACGGUGAAUCGCUGCCAGAAUCUCUGGUGGACGCUCUACGUGAUGGAUCGGCAUAUAUCGUCCUCGCUCGGUCUCCCCAUGACAAUUCAAGAUAGUGACAUUACAACCGUUUUGAAUCCGGCUCCAGCUGGAGGAAGAUCCUCACGAAGGGAUGCGACUUUCAGGCUGCACGUCAAACUGUCGUAUCUAUUCACAUCCAUAUUAUGUUCUAUUUACAAAAACAGGAGAACGGAACUGGGCGCAUUCCUCGACAAGACACGCACCAUUCUGCAGGCCAUGACGGUGUAUGCCCGGGAAAUCGAAGAAAUCGUCUUUCCAAGGAGAGGAUCGGCCUCGGUGGAGAGCAUGCCCAAGGGAACCAGGUAUAUCACCUUGUUAUAUCACCAGUGCGUAAUAGUGGCGACACGGCCUCUUUUGCUUUCUAUCUUGAAGGAACGGCUCGAGAGACUGGGCCAGCAAGAAGACGACUGGCAGAGUUUCCUGGCCCCUACCAAAGCCUUGAUCUCGACGGGGAUCAAAUCCGCCGUCAAGACCUUGCAGAUUCUGAGCGACGAGGAUAGCCUGUUGGAAAUCUUCCUUCCAUUUGAAAUGGAGGUCACAUACGGAGCGGCCCUGCAUCUGGUCAUGGCCAAUACUUUGUUCUCCCGUGCUACCGAAGGCGCAGAAUAUAUAGAAAAGGCUCAUAUCAUUCUAGACGAGAUGAUCUCCAAGGGGAACAGACUAGCCAUUGCUCGCAAGACAGAGCUGGCUCAUCUGCAAGGCCUAUUCCAUGAACUGAGCAUCCAGAUCAAACAUUAUGGCCUGCAGGAAUUAUUCCUCACCACGCCCGAGCAGACGGACCAUGAUGAAAACGGACCAGAUAUGCACCCUCACCAUCAGUCCUCAGGACAGACCCUGGAUCAUUAUAGCAAAGCGCAGGGCUCACCCUCUACAGCGCAACUACCAAAUGGCGUGGAGAUCUUGGAUGAGAUUGGGAUCUCAUCGUACGAGUUUCUAUCAAUCAUAGAGCAGAUCGGUGGGACAGACCAUAGUGUUUUAGACUCGAUGUAG